AUGGAAGCCAUUCUCAAGCAAAACCAUGUCCUUCCCUUCAACCCAACCACCCCUGAUCAAUUCACCCUCUUCUCAAAUCACUUCCUUCCAAAACUCAUCAACUUUCUAUCGGCUUGUAUCUUCUUUAUUGCAGCAUCUGCUGAAGUUUUCUUACUUCUUCAAAACUGGGAACUGAUGUUCCAUUUUCUGAUACCAUGUUUCCUCCUUCUUUGUUUCCUUGUUAAGUACUUUCUCUCAAGACCCUCUCCCAUUUACCUUGUGGAUUUCUCAUGUCUUAAGCCACCCAGCUAUUGCAGGGUGCCUUUCGCAGCAUUUCUUGAAAAUGCAUCCAUGUUUGAGAUUUUCGACUCUGAAAGCAUAGCUUUUAUGGCCAAAGUCCUUCAUUCCUCAGGACAAGGUGAAGAAACUUGCCUCCCACCUUCCUUGCACUACAUUCCUCCAAAGACCCAUCAAACAGAAUCCAUCAAAGAGGUGCAAAUGGUACUUUUUCCCAUCAUGGACGAUCUUCUUGCAAAAACCAAUGUCUCACCCCUUGAUAUAGACAUUCUUAUCCUAAACUGUAGUGGCUUUUGCCCCUCACCUUCUUUAACUUCCAUUGUCACCAACAAAUACUCUAUGAGAAGUGACAUUAAGAGCUAUAAUGUCUCUGGCAUGGGGUGCAGUGCAAGUGCCCUUUGCAUUGAUUUGGCUCAGAAUCUUCUGAGAGUUCAUAAGAACACUAAUGCCAUUGUUCUUAGCACAGAGAUUUUGUCAACUGGUUGGUAUUCAGGGAAUGAAAAGUCCAAGUUGCUGAUCAAUUGCCUCUUCAGGAUGGGAAGUGCAGCGAUCCUUCUCUCAAACAAGAAAGAAGCAAAGAAAUAUGCAAAAUACAGGUUGGUUAGGACACUCAGAACCCAGAGAGCCUUUGAUGAUCAAGCUUAUUUUUCUGCCGUAAGGGAAGAAGAUUCUAAAGGAAAAAUUGGGGUGACACUAAAGAGAGACUUACUUCAAGUAGCUGGUGAAACUCUCCGUGCAAACAUCUCCGUUUUGGGUUAUGAAAUCUUUCCUCUAUCAGAAAAAUUUUGGUACGGGGUUUCCGUGAUCAAAAAGAGGUUUAUAAAGUCUGAGGGAAUUUACGUGCCAAAUUUCAAGACAGUGGUGCAACACUUUUGCUUGCCUUGUUCAGGGAGGGCAGUGAUAAGAGAAGUAGGCAAAGGGUUGAAGCUUUUAGACAGAGACAUUGAACCUGCUUUGAUGACACUGCACAGGUUUGGAAAUCAGUCUUCUUCCUCAGUGUGGUACGAACUAGCUUACUUGGAAGCCAAGGAAAGAGUGCAUAAGGGUGACAUGGUUUGGCAACUUGGCAUGGGAAGUGGACCCAAGUGUAACAGUGUGGUUUUAAAGUGUAUUAGGCCUAUAGUUGGAGAGUACCAGAAGGGGCCCUGGGCUGAUUGUAUCCAUCAAUACCCAGUAUUCACUGUCAAUUAA